AUGGAAAGCCAGCAACGACAAGAACAGCGGCAACAGCUGGAAGAUCAACAGCGCCAAAGGUGGCGUCAGCAGCAGCAGAAACAACACCGGCAGCAGCGGCUACCUGCGCAGCAAUGGCCGACGGUGCAGCAGAGCGUGCGUGCUCAGCGUCAAGGCGUGGCGAAGUCGGCAUCCUCGGCGGUACUUGACGAGGCAGGAACGUGGGUGGAGGUCGUUCGCGGAAAUCGGCGUGGGAAUAAACAGAACGGAGUGAAUCUGCCCCAGCAGUCAGCCCAGCGGCAGCCAGCACACCGGCAGCAUCAGCAGUGGCCGCACCAGCGAAAUGGGCAGCAGCAGCAGCGGAUGGACAUUCAUCAGCAGGAGAAGCGGCGUCCGCGACGAAAACGCCCGGACGAAAUCGUCGUUGUGCCCGUCCCAGGAGUGUGCUACAAGGACAUGUAUGUGAAGAUCCGGACCAGCCCGCGGAUUGCCGAUUUCCAGCGGCAAAUUGGGGUUGGCAGAAGAACGCCGAAGGACCACCUCCUGCUGCCUUUGUCCCGCGACGUCGAAAGCGCGACGCUGAAGGACAUCAUCCAGGAGGUCAUCGGGGAGAGUGGAUCGGUAACCAUCAGGACAGAGAUGGCUGAGGUCGUCCUGACUGGAAUCGACAACAUGAUCGACGAGGAGGCGAUCAAAAAGGCGGUCAUGACCACUCUGGGAAAGCAGUCAUUGGUGGCCACCGUGAACCUUUGGGAGCGCCAAGACAUGACAAAGCGGGCUCGCGUGCGCCUCCCACGAGCAGAAGCGGAACUCGUCAAGGAUCGCCGAUUGGAGCUGGGCUACACGUAUUCUGCCAUCGACGAGGAAGAGCAGAUCGCCGCAGCCAGCGACCUUCUCCAGGUGCGGACCGCCCUGGACUCAGCCAUCACCACCAGCAAGAAGGAGCACUUCGAUGAAAUGCUGCGGGGCCUCGCGGAAGACGAGACGGGACAAUGGUUCCGCAACGUAUUUAGCCGCCUUCGUGGAAGCUGGACGGCGAGGGAGCGCGAUUCAUCGGUGCUAGAGUGCAUCGUUUCCACUCUGUUCCCCCAGCAUCCUUCGGUUGACUGGCCAGCGUCACAAGGCCAAGUCUUGGAGAGGGGAGAGGAGGAACCAGUUUGGGACGUUACUGAACAGGAGCUGCUGGACAUCGCGAGCUCGUUGAACACGAGGAAGGCUCCAAGACUGGAUGGUGUGCCACACGCCGCUUUGAUGGCCGCCAUCCGGAAGCAUACGGACAUCUUCAGGAAGUUGUUCCAGGAAUGCUUGGACAACGAGCGGUUCCCGGAUGAUUGGAAGAAGCAGAAACUGGCCCUUAUCCCCAAGCCGGACAAGCCACCGGGGCUCGCUUCAUCUUUCCGCCCGAUUCUGCUGCUGAACAACCCGAGCAAAGUGUACGAGCGGUUGCUGUUGUCGCGAAUAAACGAUGUCGUCGAGGAUCCUGAAUCACUGAGGUUGGCAGAAAACCAGUACGGGUUCAGGAGGGGCCGUUCGACAGUGCAGGCGAUUCAGCUGGUGGUGGAUGCAGGCCGUCACGCGAUGUCAUUUGGCCGUACCAACAACAGGGACAAACGCUGCCUUCUAGUUGUGGCGCUGGAUGUGCGUAAUGCGUUUAACACUGCCAGCUGGCAGUGCAUCGCUACGGCGCUGGAGGACAAAGGCGUGCCGAGGCAGCUCCGCAACAUCCUUAGAGACUACUUUGCCAACAGGGAGCUCGUCUAUGACACCGCAGACGGGCCCGUUACACGCCGAGUGACUGCAGGUGUUCCGCAGGGGUCCAUUCUGGGCCCGACCCAGUGGAACAUCAUAUACGACGGCGUGUUGCGGGUCGAGCUCCCUGAAGGGGCUAGCGUCAUCGGCUAUGCGGAUGACAUAGUGGUCAUGGCACGGGGUUGCACACCAGAGGAGGUGGCAUUGGUGGCUGAACAGGCGGUGGACGCGAUUGCGGCUUGGAUGGAGGACCAUCACCUGCAGCUCGCUCCGGAGAACACGGAAGGAGUAAUGAUCUCCAGUCUGCGAAGAGGUCAACUGAGGGUGCCGUUGCGCGUCGGGGACACCAUCAUACACAGCAAACAGUCGAUCCGGUAUCUGGGGGUCCAGAUCCAUGACCACCUGUCGUGGAAGCCGCACGUGGAGCUGUCAACGGCUAAAGCCCUCCGCGUGGUAGGUGCGGUCACCGCAGUGAUGAGGAACCACAGUGGGCCCCAGGUGGCCUAG